UUACAAGUCAAUUCGAGACAAGCGAUGUUGACUUCAAAAAGACAAAUUAUUGAUAUGGAAAAAAGGAACAGAGAAGAGUUAUUUGGAAGAACAGUAAAUGAAUCAUCAUUUAGUGAACAGUUUGAAUUAAAACAGCGAGGAAUCCAAAAGAGUCAUCAUGACCAUGAACUUUUACGCGCCUCAUCCGAUGUGACCGAAGCACUUCGUAGAACGAGUACAUUGAUGCAGCAGGAGUUAGAAAAGAGCACGUUGUCAGCGACUAUGCUAGCCGAAUCUUCUAGGACAUUGUCCAACACUUACUCGGAAUAUCAAAAUCUGGGAGCUUUAGUAAAUAUAUCAAAGAGAGUCAUCACUCAGCUUGAAGCAUCGGAUUGGUUCGAUAGAAUCUUACUUUCGAUUGGUCUACUCUUUUUUUGCUUUGUUGUGCUCUACAUUAUCAAGAAGCGUACAUGGGAUGUAGGUAUCUCUUGGAUAUCAUGGCUCACUCGGUCCACCAGCAGCAGCACGAAUAGUGACAAUAGUCAUUUUAGUCCUAUAGUCACUAUGAUUCCAACCAUGGUGGCCAGAGAAGAACUUUAA